AUCAUCCUCCUCCUCGACUCGGACAACGAUGGCAUCCGCACCCACGCCAUCAAGUUCGUGGAGGGGCUCAUCAUCACACUCUCGCCCCGCAUGGCCGACUCCGACGUCCCCAAGCGUCACGAGAACGACAUCAGCCUCGAGCGCAUCCCCAAGGACCACCCCUACAUCAAAUACAACGUGCUGUGGGAGGAGGGCAAGGCUGCCCUGGAGCAGCUCCUCAAGUUCAUGGUGCACCCGGCCAUCUCCAGCAUCAACCUGACGGCCGCGCUGGGUUCCCUGGCCACCAUCGCCCGCCAGCGCCCCAUGUUCAUGGCUGAGGUCAUCCAAGCCUACGAGACCCUCCACGCCAACCUGCCCCCUACCCUGGCCAAGUCGCAGGUGAGCAGCGUCCGUAAGAACCUGAAGCUGCACCUCCUGAGCGUCCUGCGGCACCCGUCCUCAGGGGACUUCCAGCCCCAGAUCACCACCCUCCUCGUCGACCUGGGCACCCAACAGGCCGAGAUCGCCCGCAGCAUGCCUAGCCCCCGCGACACCCGCAAACGACCCCGCGACGAGCCCGAUGCUGCCCUCAAGAAGAUGAAGAUUGAGCCCCCCCUGGGUGAGGAUGAUGAGGACAAGGACCUAGAGCCAACAACGGUGGCAGCGCCCAAAGCUGCCGGCCAGGCCAGCGUCCCCUCAGACACGGACAUCACGGCCGAGUUUCUGCAGCCGCUGCUCACCCCGGAGAACGUCGCCAACCUGGUGCUGAUCAGCAUGGUGUACCUGCCCGAGGCCAUGCCUGCAUCCUUCCAGGCCACCUACACACCCGUGGAGUCGGCCGGCACCGAGGCGCAGAUCAAGCACCUCUCCCGCCUCAUGGCCACCCAGAUGACGGCGGCGGGGCUGGGCCCGGGUGAGCGGGGACCGGCCCGCGUGAAGAUCCUGGCCUCGCUGGUGACACAGUUCGAGGUGCCGCUGAAGGGUGAGGUGCUGGCCUUCAUCCUCGAUGACAUCCGUGGCCGCCUGGACCUGGCCUUCGCCUGGCUGUUCCAGGAGUACAACGCCUACCUGAGCCGCUUCCCCGCCGGCAGCCUGGAGCGCUAUGACGA